UUUACGCCGCAGAAGUCACCAUGGCCCACCGGCCAUGCGCUUAUUUACUUUCUUCCGAGGUCUUCUCGACUGCACAGCUUCCCCCUCUUACCAUCACACUCACCAUCACUAUCGUUGGAACUGUAUCUUGCCCAUCACUAUCCGCUAUUAGAAUAAAUCCUCGUCUAUCGCUCACACUUAUGUUUCGCGGACUUUUCGCUAUCGCUCUCACGAAGCUCGUCCAGAACACGCGUACUACGGGUCAGCAGCCGGUGGCUCCAAAUUCGCUGCUUGUACCGACUUCGCGGCCACGGCCGCUCGCUUCGAGCCCCUUGUCUCCGCGGCUACCGAGCGGACAGCCACGUCCGGUUCAGUCCACCCAGAAGAGGUCCUAGGCCAACACAGAGCUCUGCACUGGAAAUCGACUCGUCGAGUGCUUCACCCGCCUAUCAGGUGUUAAAUUUCGCAUUCCCGAAUUCCAGCCUAAGGCGGUCCACAGCCUAAACUAUGGAGAGCCAGCAACCAAAUUCCAGUGGCAAACCCCCGCCGAC